AUGCGCUUUACUUUACCGAUCUACUCACCGGUGACAGUAGUGCUAGUGUGUGUUUGUCUGUUCGUACACUCCAUCCGUGCGAUCGAAGUGCACGAAGAUGUCAACGAGAACGAUCCGAUCGGGGUGCAUCUACGCGUAAACGCAAGCAUUCCGCAUACCAACGCAACGGGCCCGCUGGUUAAUGAACGCAAUGUAAAUGACCUGGCUGCGCCACCUGCUCAGCUUCAUAACCACCACCACCACCACCACCACCAGACCGCCCCCGAGGGAGAGCAGCAACAGCAGCAGUUACUUGUGGUUGCAAAUAAUUUCACCGCAUUUCCCAGCAAUCAUAAACAGCAUUCCGGAGCGAGCGCAACAGUGCACGGGCAAACGUCAUCGCCAUUAACGACGGAAGUUGUUGCAAUCGCUGGCAUAACUUCCUUCUCGUCGACCACAACCACCGCAGCACCGCCACCAUCCGCCGGGUUAUCGUCCUUCCGAGCAGCAAACGGUCAUUUGUACGCAGGACGGGGCACUUCGACGAUCGUGAACGAUCGAUCGGUCCAGCGCCAGAUAUCCGGCUACCGGAAGCGACAGCUUUAUGCAAGUGCUGCACCACGUCGAAACGUUACCGGCAGCUCCGAUGGGCAGUUCGCCAAGGAGUUUGUCCCAUCACCCGAGGUGGUACCAUUUUUCAACGAGGACAACUCUGCAACGGGAAGCCCAGCGGCGGGUGCGGUGGAUGCAUCCUACCCGACGGGACUUUCCGAUGGUGAUUCACGGUGGUAUGCCGGUGGUAUGGGACUGUCGGGGCAUGGGUAUGUUCAGGCACCGUCUGCUGGAGGUGGCUCACCGGAAGAGUCGGGAAAGUGGGAUCACAAGUACACUUGGACGACUCCUGCGGUGCAACAUUAUCAGCACCACCACCAGCAGCAACAGCAGCUGAAGCAGCCGAAUGUGGCAAUAAAAUUCCCACAAGAUCCUACACCCUAUUUCCCAUCGCCCAAGGGUAAGUGGAAGUGGAUUCCGGAAGAGGAAAACGAGUCAACGGAAGGCACCAAGAGCCAACGUCCAAAGGUGGGCGAUACGCCAUUCUCGUCGUCGGGAUCGUUUGAGGAACAGCACUUUGGACGCCAUCAGUAUGUGUUUCCAACUGCAAGCAAGAACCAUCCUUACUCCUUCGAUCGUACACCGAUAGAGGGCGCUUUUAGCGUCGAUCCAGUGUUAGUAGGCAAUAACAGUAGCAACAGCAGUGGUAGUAAUAGUAUCGUUAGUACAGAGAGCACUGAAACAGGCAGCGGAAUCGGAGGCCUAACAGACAUUAAGCUGGUUGGAAAAGAGGAUGCUCACCUGAAAAAUGUUUCACCGUGGAAGAAAAUAAUUCACGUUCUGAGCGCUGCCAUUCCGAUCGGGCUGCUCAUCUCGGCACUCACGCCACAGGUCGUUUACAUCAACCCGAAUGCCACGCAACCUCCACUACAACUACAAACACCGACCCCUGUCAGCAGCGCAGGUGUAUCCGGUCCCGGUCUACGUCAGCGUAGCCUCGGACAGGAUGUGCCCAGGUUUCUGUUAGCACAGCGCGGUCUCGGUACGGAUCCGGUCGCGCUAGUCAAACUGCUCCGCAAGCUUAACGCACUCGAGCAGCACGAUACGGCGCACCGUACCAGCGGUCCGUCACCAUCAGAAGACGACGAGGCCAUGAACCGUUUAAUGGACACCGGCCACUUGCAGGGAUGCGAUUGGAAGCUGCUCUGUCAGCUCGCUCGCCAAGGAAUGUCCGGUACCGGCACGGCGAAGAUGCUGUGGAAAAUUGUCAGCGAGACACCGCCGGAAUGGACGGACCGGCUCGGGCUGGAGGAGAUCUUCCGCAUCAUACGGGACGGUGAUUGUGAUCGGUUGCAGCGCACCUGCGACCAGGACACUUGA